CCGCCCCCCUUCCCCGACCCAUUUGCUCCCGGUAGCCGGGCCUAAGUGGUGUUGCUUCCGGUGCGGCUGGGCAGCAUGGGGCGGUGGUUCCAGGAGGUGGCGGCGGAGGGUCUGGCGGGCAGCUGCCCGGGCCAGGCGCGAUUCCUGCUUUGGAUGCUUCACAGCUCCCGAGAUAAGGAAUGUGGAUUAGAAAGGACAUGUCCUUACUGCUUCCAGUUCCUAGUUCCCGAUGCCUGCCGAGUGCGUCUCAAACCAAAGAUGAAAUUGACUCCACGGAUAGAGAAAGUUCUUAAACGAGAGGCGAAGAACCAUAAACUUAACAUGAAACAGACAAAGCUUUUGAAAAAGUACAGAGAAUCAAGAAAUAUUCUGCUGGUUACUUGCAACUCGUGCAACAAAACAACAAGACAUUAUGGUAAAAGCAGGGAUUUUCUAGCUACCAAGAUGCACAAUUCUAGCACUCCAAGUAUUAAAUCGAGUCUGAGGACACCAGAUGUAAAAAUUCAGUCUGCAAACAAAGUGACCCCUUUAAGCUGCAAUAGGUUCGGAUCUAAAGGGAACAGUCCUUCAUCACUUUCCAGAGCAUGUGUGUCUGGACAGGCGACAACCGGCUCUGCUUCCAGGACUCCCCGGAACUCCAAAUUUCACUUUUCCAAGCUAAAACGGAUGCUUAGCCUAGAAGAAAAAGAAAAAAGCCAGAAGACAGAUUUGAAAACCUUCUUGACCUUACUUUAGUUAUAUAUUCUUUUGAAGGAAUAAAGAUUCCAGCAAUAGGUAUUGAUCCAGUUUUAGUAAGUCAACAAGGUUAGUGAUUUCUUUAAAACUCAAGCUAACAGCAUGUACCCUGUGAAAGCAUAGACCAUAAUAUUUAGUAGCAAGCUGUAUUUCUAAGGGGACUGAUUAUCUGCAUGAAAGAGAUGAGAGAAUAGCCAGUCUAAUACACUUGGGAAUCUUGAAGAUGUUUUGCAGUUUCUAACGGCCCAAGAAUUUAAAGUCAGGAUCUAUCCUUUGAGGAAGUUGAUAAUACUGGGUCCGGCAGGACCAAAAUGGAUUGGCAGACCUGAAAGCAGUCUUGGGUUUGGGGGUUGCAGUUUGCUCCACCUCGCUCUCCCACUGUUUUUAAGUUAAUAUAUCACAACAGAAUUUAUCUGCUCCCUGCUUUGCAUGUUUCAGUAAAACAAAGACACUUUCAUGGCACUUGCUGCAGGUGUAUUUUCAAGGAUUCAAUCUAGUGUUCCUGUCUUUUGAUACCUUUGGUAAUUUCAGCACAGCCUUUAUUAGAAAGGUUCCAAAAUAGCUUCCUUUUUAAAACAGUACUUAUAUACAAAGAGAGAACGGUGUAUCACCAGAUUAAGUUCGUUCAUUUUCUUAAGAAUCUUCUCUGUGAUUUGGACUGCAGAUGAUACUGGUCCCAGAAUAAUGCAGAACUUUGUAAAACAGCACUGUGACAUGGGAUGCUCUCAAUACCAACUGACAGCUCCAUGUUAGACUGCUAUCAGCACCAUAAGCUGUUACUGCUAUCAGAGUGGCACAGUCAUAAAAAAUACGGAAUGCUUCCUUUCUGGUUACCCUGGUGCUACAAAAAUGGGUCACUUUUGUAUCAUUAAGAAACGACUAAGGAGAGAAUUUCUUUCUUAAACAUCUUUCAUUUUUAUCAGGUUUCAGAGUUGCUGGACUUCAAUCUGGAAAUCUAGGUUUGCCCUGGACAGUAGUCAAUACAUUGCACUGAAGUAUUUUGAUAUGAAUAGACCAUUGUCAAGGCUAAAGCAAUCUCCAUUAUUAGGUUUUACAUUUUCAGUUCUGCACAGAGGUGAGAAAGGACAGUAGAAACUCACCAUUCAUGACUGAGUACAGCCUGCCGUGCGUAUAGUCUGCGGUGACAGUUCUCCAAAUCGUGCUUCAGAUUUCCCCCUCUGAAAAAAGAAUCAAAUCAGUUAAAUUCAUUUAAAUUUGGGGGUUUAAAAGUCUUUAUUUUCCUUUCGUGUUCUAAUGAAUAGUUUCCUUUAAGUGUAUUCAGACUCAAUGAACAGCACUGGAGAAAUGAGGCCAGAAAAUAACUUGGCAGACUUGAAAACAAUCUAGGGCAGAGGAGAAUAGUUUGUUGCAAAUUCUACUUACAGUCUGGAAGAUUGGCAUGUAACCUUUUUAUAUCUCCUCAGCACUUGCACCAUAGCUUUGAAAGGGUCACUGCCAUUUGUUUCUUACGUAUGUUUAGGAUCAAAUUAACUGUCAUUCUUUCAUCAAAAUAUGGACCUUGGAGUUACACCUUUUCCAGUGUAGAAAUUACCAUUAAUUCAUCUGUUGUUGCUGUAUUUAUGAUCCAUGUCUCUGUAAAAUAUACUUCAAUCUUGUUGAUGGAAAAUGUGCACUAGAAAAAAAGUAUUUUAAAAACUAGUUUCGCAAUAAAUUUUUAUAUUAAAAUUACACAAAUCAGGUACUCCACUGCUGUGCGUUCUGUGAGGCUUCACAUGGAAAAAAUAGGGGAAAAAAAAAUCACUCAGUAUGUGCCAUUUCUUGUUUUACACAUGUGCUUCAGAAUGCUGAAAGUGCUGUUACAUUCUAUCAUCUGAAGUGCUUUUACAUUCUUCCUAAGCCUCUAAUACAGUCUUUUCCUGUUACUGGACUUCCACAGAAUCAGUGUAUUGAAAAAACAUAUAUAUGCAUACAUAUAUAUUUUUAGAGAGAGCGAUCUAUAUAUGUCUAUACAUAUCUCUAUAAUGUAUAUAUUUAUAUACAUACAUAUCCACACAUGAGAUGCGUAUACUUACAUACAUGUACAUAUACACAUAUAUACACAUCUUAUGCAGUCUUCCCUUCAGCAUAUUUCUGUACUCUGAUGAAACACUGAAGGUUAAUUGUUGGCUGUAACAGACUAUUGCUAAGCCCCCUGCCAAACCUCUGCUGUGCAGCAUUACUGGUUUGCAUCUGAACAGCUGGAAGAGGAGGAAACAGCUUCUCUGAUUUUAAUGAGGCCAGAGUUUCAACCAGACUAUGUAAAGCAAGGCCAAGAAGGUUCUCAGUCCUACACGCCCCUGGGCACAGGUGUUUAGUUAUAGAGUAAGAGUUAUUUCCCAGCUCAUACAAGUUCUACCUAUGCAAUGGUAUGUAGAUCACUGACAGUAAUAGCAUCGUACCAUCUAUUAAAAAUGCUACAAAAUGUACCUUAAAAUAACCAGUCCAGCCAAAACGUUUUAUUUUGAAACAUCAGUUUGAGCCAUUUUCCCAUUUUUGAGCAUUGGGAACCUGAGGCUGGCAUAUUGCAACAGGUUCCCUCGCACUCAAGCCUCCUCUCUGAAGAAACAUAGAUUUUGGCCAAACUAUGAACACAUCAACACUAUUUCUUUUUAAGAAAUCUACAGUUCUAGAGACAUGACCUCCAACUUUUUGACACACCUGUUCCUCACUGAAAAUCGUCACUUUAUUAUAGAAAAUACAAAUAUAGGGAAUAAUAAACUUCGGAAUUGGUACUGAUCGUUUCCCCAGCAUCACUAUGAGAUUUUGGUUGACUCCUAAGUACAGGGAUCCGUUUACACAAAGGCCAUUUCUCAUACCAUGAGAUUGAGUAGGCAAGCAAUAAACAAUGAUUUCAAAGAUGUUUUUACAACAAGGUUUUAUUCUAUUAAAUAUGAAAUAGCUUACAUACAGGUGUUAUUCUGAGGACAUAAAUUACACAAGAAUUACAGGUUCUGUCAGAAAAGCACAAUAAUGAAACAUCUUUACAUUUCAAACUUUUCUUUUUAGCUUUUAACAAAUGCCUAUUUUUGUUGCAAACAAGUAACGAGUGCUAUUGAAGUUUUGCAAAUUCCCACAAAAACACCAUGCUUAUUAGGAUACUUUAAAUAUUGUAAAGAUGAAAUCAGAAUUAGAUUUCUAAAUAACAAGAUGGAAGAGAUUUACUACUUAAUCAAGAUAAAUGUUACACUGAAAUAAGAGCUGAGACAAAAUUGGUCAUUCAUUUAAAAGAAAUUCCACUUCAGAAACUACAUUUGAAUCUGCUUUCUUUACUUGCAGGAAUAGUCACUGUGAUUAUAUGCAUGAGUAAUAAGCAGAACCGGCUCUAAAUAUUUAUAAAUGUAAUGGUCAAAUUUUAGACGUGCUGGUUUUCUAGUUCACAUGUUUUUCCACUGAAAUAAACCCCACACCUAUGAAUGUAUUUCCCUAUGUUUCAGAAGAUUGAAAUCCAGCUGCUCGGUAGAGGGCAAAUAAAGCCUAUGCAUGACUUCCAAGUCUUCCAUGGUCAUCUGUGCAGGGGGCAACUGCAUCUUACAUAAGUAUUUUGGGUCAACAUUAAAGUACCAAACUGAUUUACCAUGACAUGUGUCUGUGGAAGUCCUAACACACUGCCUUUUAAGCUUCAGGUAAAUAGGAAUGUUAGUUUAUCAUAAAGCUCACAGUUCAACAUUCAGAAGACUACUCAGAUAAAAUACAUAAGCACGUAGACUGGCUUGUGUUGCUAGGGACUAACUGAGGUGGUUUAAUAUACUAAUACAAACAUUAAUGGAGUGAAACAGACAAGCUAAUGUUUCUGCAGGCUGUAGUUGAACUUUCAAGAAGAGUAAUGAAACACAGUUUCUAAGAAUGGUAAUUUUUCUAAGUAAGGACUUCACAUUUAUUUCUAAAAACACUAAGUGGGGUAAUAUUCUUGCCACCUUUCAAAAUGUUCUGCAAAAACACAGUGUUUGCCUGUAAACACUAGAAUAUACAAGCAGUCCCAGUGACCUCCAAGUUAAGCAUUCUCACAUAGCAGAGUUGCAGGUUUGUCUCUGUUUCUUUUUAAGAGAAUGCUCAAAAGUGCAAUAUAGCGAAGCAAGUAAUCCAAGUAUUCUGCUUUUAUUAUUACAUGAAAAAUGUUUGGAUAUUUAUAAUUGUGCCUUUUGUAGAGUGGGCAUUCUGGUUUGAGCAGAGUCGGACCACAUUAGAUUAGAGGGAGGGGGUAUACCCACAUCUUUUCAUUCCCAGGAUGGUAACACCCCAAAGCAGUUUUAUUGUAUAACUCCACCUACAACUAAAACAUUGCGCUGUCCAGAGUUUCACAUUGUUAUUUCUGUUUUGACAAAAGUUGAUAUUUGUUUUGCUUUUAAUUUCCACUCAGGCAUGUUCUCCCUUUUAGCUCUUAGGCACUCUUCUGUUCCCCACCCAACUUCUUUUCUUCCUGAGAUGUCAGAAGUACGUAUGUUAAGCUUUGGAACCUGAGAAUUUGGAGGUACUUUCAAUAUUAGAGGGCUGCAUUUGUAUCAUAGCAUGUUAUCUCCUGCAAUGCUAUUACAGCUACAAUACAAAAUUUUCUAUCUAGUUGAUACACGAUGCCUUUCCCAUAUAAAUAAAAAGCAACAUACCAUACAGCCCCUAUUAUGUGACACUUGGUAUGAGUGACCUUUACCUUCCAGAAGUCCUCUUUUCCAAACAGAAGUUGAGGGAUCAUUUCCAAAAAAACAGCUAUUAAAUAUUCCUCAAAGUAAACAAAUUCACAGUAAAAUAGAGAAAAACAUAUCCAGAAAAUAGCACACUCUCAAAAUUAAAACUUAUAUACAUCAA